GAAAGUGAAGUCGGUCGAAAAUUCAUUCAGGAUGCAAGGAAUUUUGGCUAUACUAAUUGUGAUGAUUUCACUCAACGGCAUAAAACCGUUCACUGUGCGUUCAGGUUCAAACUCGGAAAAUUCAACUAUAAUAUAUGACUUUAAUUGGCUUGCUGAUGCAGCCUCGAUAGGAAAAAUCCCAAAACAUAAAACAAUUUAUCAUUUUGUCAAUGCAAUAGUGGACAUACUCCCAUAUAAUUUCACUGACCCAUUUGAGAAGUGCAACGAAAUUCAAUUUAAAGGUGGAUCUAUUACAUCAAUCCACAUUAAUCCUAAGUUAGACUACAUUUAUUUAUACAACACAUAUACUGUAAAUGUGAUUAUUAAACCUGAUAUGUUCUACAAACUGAGCGAUUUCCGGUGUUUAAAAACAAAAUUGGCACAAAUCCCAGAGAACGUUAAUCGGUUAAAACAUUUGAAAAUUUUAUAUCUUGGAUACAACUUGAUAGAAACAGUUCAAAUGGACCAGUUAAAUGGGUUGGAAAAUUUGGAAGAACUUUAUCUUUCUUCUAAUAAAAUAAAACACAUUUACAGUGACGGUCCGGUGAGUCUGCCAUCGCUCAAUAAAAUACAUCUUGACAAUAAUCGACUUCAACAUUUUAACGUCUGCAAUUGGGACAUGCCUUUGCUUUCCUACCUUUAUCUCCACAGUAACAAUUUGACACAUUUCGCAAUUAAUCAAUUCCGUGCGCUUAGAGUAUUAUUAAUUCAUGAAAACCCAGUGAAUUGCGCUUGGAAAGAUAGUAUAAGGAAUACGUCAAAACAGCUCUCUCGCUAUACAUCUUGUGACGAAAAAAGCGUGGGUGACUUCGUAUUGGAUUGUCCACCAACUAAUUAUCAAUUGAAGCAGCAGAUUUCUAGUGUCGACACCAAGUUAAGCCAAAUUGAAGGAAAAAUGCAAAAAAUUGAAGACCUGCUGCAAAAUCUAACCGCAAAAAUUAUUGAACAGCAAAAUGUCUCAAAUGAUAUUAUUGAGGCAAUGUAUCGAAUUGAAAUCGAAAGAGCUUCCAAAAAAACGAAGGAAAUUCCGUAACUUUCGAAAUAAUAAUGUUCAUGUUUAUUGAAUAAUAUAGACCUAAGUAUAAACAAGUGCUAUGUAUCUAGCUUAAGUUCAUCAUUAAAUAAACGUCAUACAGAAAUAAUAGCUUCUCACAGGUUUUUUUAGUUUGCCUUGUGAAAAAUAUCACUUCAUUUCCCGUUCUUUUCUUGUGCUACAUAUGAUGGAAAAUUCGACGAUGAAACAGUUUGCAAUGUACUCUCAAUCGACACUUUCUGUGGUGUUUUCAUCUCUUCCUAAACUCUAGUGGAGACUGUAAUCCACUUGUGAAUAUCGUUGCCCCAAAAAUAA